AUGGCACACGCCGCGGCCCACAUCAAAAAGGCCAGGGUGGAGAUGGAGCAGGCCACUGACAUGAAGGCGUUGGAGAAAGCCCGGGAGAGAAGGAGGCGCUCUCGUGAGAGAGCCGAGCGAAGGAGGAAGUCGGACAGUAACACCAGCUUCCUGCGAGCAGCAAGGGCAGGAAACAUUGACAAGGUACUGGAGUACCUGAAAGGGGGCGUGGACAUCAGUACAUGUAACCAGAAUGGUCUCAAUGCUCUGCACUUGGCUGCCAAGGAAGGACACGUGGACCUAGUGCAAGAGCUGCUGGAGAGAGGUUCUGCAGUGGACGCGGCCACCAAGAAAGGGAACACAGCCCUACACAUUGCCUCUCUAGCAGGGCAGGGGGACGUGGUGAAGAUCCUUGUGAAACAUGGAGCAGAUAUCAAUGCACAGUCACAGAAUGGCUUCACACCUUUAUACAUGGCAGCCCAGGAGAACCAUCAGGAUGUGGUGCGCUACCUUCUGGAGAAUGGAGGGAACCAGAGCACAGCUACAGAGGAUGGUUUCACUCCCCUGGCCAUUGCCCUACAGCAGGGUCACAACCAGGUCGUAUCCAUCCUCCUGGAGAAUGACACAAAGGGCAAAGUUAGACUGCCUGCCCUGCACAUCGCAGCCCGCAAGGAUGACACGAAGUCUGCGGCCCUGCUCCUGCAGAAUGACCACAAUGCAGACGUCCAGUCCAAGAUGAUGGUCAAUAGGACUACUGAGAGUGGAUUCACACCCCUGCACAUUGCUGCCCAUUAUGGGAAUGUGAAUGUUGCAACACUGCUGCUGAACAGAGGGGCUGCCGUGGAUUUCACUGCCAGGAAUGGAAUUACUCCACUGCAUGUGGCAUCCAAACGGGGCAAUACUAAUAUGGUUCGUCUGCUGCUGGAUAGAGGGGCACAGAUUGACGCCAAAACACGGGAUGGCCUGACCCCCCUUCACUGUGCAGCGAGGAGUGGACACGACACGGCAGUUGAACUCUUACUAGAGAGAGGAGCUCCCAUGUUGGCCAGAACCAAGAAUGGGCUAUCCCCUUUACACAUGGCUGCUCAAGGCGACCAUGUUGAGUGUGUCAAACACUUACUGCAACACAAGGCCCCUGUGGAUGACGUAACACUGGACUAUUUGACCGCCCUCCAUGUGGCCGCUCACUGUGGCCAUUACAGAGUGACCAAGCUACUCCUGGACAAGAGGGCCAACCCCAACGCCCGUGCACUGAAUGGCUUCACUCCUCUACAUAUAGCCUGUAAGAAGAACAGGGUGAAAGUUAUGGAGCUACUGGUCAAGUAUGGAGCCUCAAUCCAGGCUAUUACUGAGUCUGGCCUGACACCAAUCCACGUGGCAGCCUUCAUGGGCCAUCUCAACAUUGUCCUCCUCCUGUUACAGAAUGGAGCAUCCCCUGAUGUCAGCAACAUCCGUGGAGAGACAGCUCUGCACAUGGCUGCCCGUGCUGGACAGGUGGAGGUGGUGCGCUGUCUUCUGAGGAACGGAGCUAUGGUGGACGCAAAGGCCAGGGAGGAGCAGACCCCGCUCCACAUCGCCUCUCGUCUGGGGAAGACGGAGAUUGUUCAGCUUCUGCUGCAGCAUAUGGCCCACCCGGACGCCGCUACCUCCAGCGGCUACACCCCUCUGCACAUCUCCGCCCGCGAGGGCCAGGUGGACGUGGCCUCCGUCCUGCUGGAGGCUGGAGCCUCUCACUCGCUCGCAACUAAGAAGGGAUUCACUCCAUUGCAUGUGGCAUCAAAGUACGGAAGCCUGGAUGUGGCAAAACUCCUCCUACAGCGACGGGCUCCUCCUGACUCCGCUGGGAAGAACGGCCUCACCCCUCUCCAUGUCGCAGCGCAUUAUGAUAACCAGAAGGUGGCGCUCCUGCUUUUGGACAAAGGGGCCUCUCCCCAUUCCACAGCUAAGAAUGGCUACACCCCUCUCCACAUUGCCGCCAAGAAGAACCAGAUGGAGAUCGCCACCACGCUCUUGCAGUAUGGAGCAGAGACCAAUAUCCUGACCAAGCAGGGCGUCACCCCACUGCACCUGGCCUCCCAAGAGGGCCACAGCAAAAUGACUGCCCUGCUGCUGCAAAAAGGAGCCCAUGUCAACGUCCCUACAAAGAGUGGACUUACCUCACUACACCUUGCUGCCCAAGAGGACAAAGUUGGUGUUGCUGAGAUAUUAGUCAAACAUGGUGCCAACCUUGACCAACAAACAAAAUUGGGCUAUACGCCGCUGAUUGUGGCCUGUCACUACGGAAAUGCCAAAAUGGUCAACUUCCUGUUACAAAAUGAAGCUAGCGUCAACGCUAAAACAAAGAAUGGAUACACCCCUCUACACCAGGCUGCCCAGCAGGGAAACACACACAUCAUCAAUGUAUUGUUACAGUAUGGAGCCAAGCCCAAUGCCAUCACUGUGAAUGGAAACACAGCUCUAGCCAUUGCCCGUCGCCUUGGAUACAUCUCAGUGGUGGACACGUUGAGGGUGGUUACAGAGGAGAUCAUCACUACGACAACGACGGUGACUGAGAAACACAAACUUAACGUGCCGGAGACUAUGACCGAAGUUCUCGACGUGUCAGAUGAGGAAGCCUUAAGGCUGAGGGAUGAUGGUGCUAUCUCUGAUGAUUCCCUGGAUUUUGAAGGUGACGAUACGAUGACAGGUGAUGGAGGAGAAUACCUGAGAGCAGAGGACCUGAGGGAACUGGGAGAUGACUCGCUCCCUGGACAGUACCUGGACGGCAUGAACUACCUGCGCUUUAGUUUGGAGGGCGGACGAUCUGAGAGUCGCUUGCAGAGUUCGGACAGGUCCUACACGCCCAGUCACCAUGGUUACUACUCUCCAAAGCAUGACGGGAUGAUGGAGGACAUGCUCCACAGUCAACAGGUAUCGUCUCUGGCCAGGGAAAGUGCCAAAGACUCAUAUCGUCUAAGCUGGGGCACAGAACACCUGGACAACGUGGCAUUAUCCUCUAGUCCCAUUCACUCUGGCCGCUGCUCUCCGUGCCAUGAUCAUGACAAUAGCAGCUUCCUGGUUAGCUUCAUGGUGGACGCAAGAGGCGGGGCCAUGCGAGGCUGUCGUCACAAUGGCCUGCGCAUCAUCAUCCCACCACGCAAGUGCAGCGCCCCCACCAGGGUGACCUGUCGCCUGGUCAAACGCCAUCGCCUCGCCACCAUGCCCCCCAUGGUGGAGGGAGAUGGACUGGCCAGCCGGGUCAUCGAGGUCGGGCCGUCUGGAGCCCAGUUCCUGGGUAAACUACACCUCCCCACUGCCCCGCCCCCUCUGAAUGAGGGGGAGAGCUUGGUUAGCCGUAUCCUGCAGCUGGGGCCUCCGGGGACGAAGUUCUUGGGACCAGUCAUUGUGGAGAUACCACACUUUGCUGCUCUGCGAGGGAAGGAGAGGGAGCUGGUGAUCUUGCGUAGUGAGACAGGAGAGAGCUGGAAGGAGCACCACUGCGAAUACACAGAGGAGGAACUGAACCAGAUCCUCAACGGCAUGGACGAGGAGCUGGACACUCCUGAAGAACUGGAGAGAAAACGCAUCUGUCGCAUCAUCACCAGGGACUUCCCACAGUAUUUUGCGGUAGUGUCUCGUAUCAAGCAGGACAGUAACCUGAUUGGUCCAGAGGGAGGUAUCCUAAGCAGCACAGUGGUCCCACAAGUCCAGGCGGUCUUCCCUGAGGGUGCUCUCACCAAACGCAUUCGGGUUGGCCUUCAGGCCCAACCUGUGACCCUAGACGUGGUGAGGAAGAUCUUAGGAAAUAAGGCGAUGUUCAGUCCUAUAGUCACGUUGGAGCCACGCAGGAGAAAGUUCCACAAACCCAUCACCAUGACGAUCCCUGUCCCCAAGAGUUCUACUGACCCUGUGCUCAACGGCUUUGGUGGAGACACACCGACGCUACGACUGCUGUGCAGCAUCACUGGUGGUACCACUCCAGCACAAUGGGAAGACAUCACUGGAACAACACCACUUACCUUUAUAAACGACUGCGUGUCCUUUACAACAAAUGUAUCAGCUAGAUUCUGGCUGAUAGAUUGUCGGCAGGUCCAGGAGUCUGUCAACUUUGCCACUCAGGUGUAUCGUGAGAUCAUCUGCGUACCGUAUAUGGCCAAAUUUGUCAUCUUCGCCAAAACGCACGACCCCAUUGAGGCACGACUGCGGUGCUUCUGUAUGACGGAUGAUAAGAUCGAUAAAACCUUGGAACAGCAGGAGAACUUCACAGAGGUGGCUCGCAGCCGAGACGUGGAGGUACUGGAAGGAAAGCCCAUCUAUGCAGACUGCUUUGGGAAUCUGGUGCCCCUGACAAAGAGUGGACAGCAUCAUCUCUUCAGCUUCUACGCUUUCAAAGAAAACAGACUUGCCCUCUUCAUAAAAAUAAGAGACAACACGCAGGAGCCUUGUGGUCGAUUGUCCUUCAUGAAGGAACCAAGGUCCUACAGAAGCCUUGCCCAGAAUGCUAUAUGCAAUCUGAACAUUACUCUGCCUGUUUACUCAAAGGAAUCAGAUUCAGAUCAAGAGCCCGAUGAGGAGACCAGCGGAACGCUUGGAAAAUAUGAUGAAGAGACUGAGACAUCAACAGAGACAUCUGUCCUGAAAUCACAGUUGAUCAGAGAUUCCCCUGCCCUUGCAAGCCCUGAUUUGCUAUCAGAUGUGUCAGACAUGAAACAAGACCUAAUCAAAAUGACUGCCAUUCUGACCACGGAUUCUGCAGAGAAGUCAAGCCCUAUGGAUUCGGGUGGUCUGGAAAAGGGGGUGGAGGAGGUGUCAGGGGAGCCUUUUGAAAUAAUGGAAAAGGUCAAGGAGGAUUUGGAAAAAGUUAGUGAGAUUCUUCGGAGUGGAACUUAUGAAGAUGAGACGGUAGGGGAAUCUGCAAAAGCAGAUGGCCGUCAUUAUACAAAGGAUGAGGAUUGGGUCCUUCUUACAGACAGUGAAAUUGAGGAGGCCAAAAUGAUGGCUGCCUUUGAGACUCAAGAGCCUAUGUUGCGGGAGGUCAGAGUAAACCGGGGGGCUCCUAGACCAAAGGGUGUAAAGGAUAUAUCUGGCAUGGAAACAUACCUUAGUAGUGACCUCAAAGAAUACUUACUGGAUGUACCUGCAAGUUCUGAGUCUCCGUCACAGGACAGUGUUGUCCAGGAAAAGUUUAGCGAGGUUGUGUUGCGCAAAGGUGGUAAAAAAAUGAUCCCAGUAGUAACAAAAGACACUAAGACUCUUGUAACUGAGGUAAAAAAGCCUAUUAGGAAGAAAGUUCCACAGGGGCAUGCAGAUGAUUUGCACACACAAGACUCUAAAGUGGGUACUACGAGUAAGACUACAGACAAGUCUGCUGAAGAGGAUACCCAUCUUAAAGCCCCUGCAGAACGGAAGAAGUCACCUGUCUCUCCAGUGGUCGAGGAAACACCUAUUGGGUCCAUCAAAGAUAAAGUCAAGGCCCUUCAACAGAAGGUAGAGGAGGAGCAAAAGGGCCGCAAGAAAACUACCAGCAAACCUUUAAAAGGGGCUUCAGAAAGUAAACUGUCUCAUGGCACCAAAGAACAAAAAACAACUGCCUUGAAAAAAACACACACUCCCCCAAAAUCGCCAAAAUCUGAAUCUGAGAGGCUGGAAGAGACUAUGUCAGUCAGGGAGUUAAUGAGAGCUUUCCAGACAGGUCAGGACCCAUCAAAGAGAAAGGCGGGGCUUUUUGAACAUAAAGCAAGUUCUAAAACAGAGCAAACACACACAACUAAAGCAACAAAAACAGCUUCUUCAGAGUCAAAGUCCUCCACAAAGACAUCUUCACCUGGACGAGAAAUAUCAUUGGAUGCUGUUAAACCCGAAGCUGUCCACGAAGAAAAGGACAUAGAAAUUAGUCCAGACAGAAAACAUUCUGAAGACUUUAGUGCAGAGAUAAGAGCAGAGCUGCAGGACAAUGCUCAGUAUCAACAAUUCAAGUGUACAGUUCAAGAUGAGAAAGUCUCAAGCGUAGACUCGUCAGGUCCCUCCACCCAAUCAAGCAUGACAACAAUUCUCCCCAAAGACCUGUCCAAAGAGUCCAGUGAGUUUCUGCUUGACACAGCCAUUCAGAACAACACACUUGAUGAUAGCUCUGAUAGCCUUAAACACGAAGGUAUUGCAGAUUCACCAAAUGUCAGCCUUGGUGAUGCAGAGCCUCAUAUUAGCUCUGAGGAGAGCUACAAACAUGAAGGCCUAGCAGAGACCCCUGAAACAAGCCCUGAAAGCCUUUCGAUAUCACCCAAAAAAGCAGACCCAUCUAUGCUUGAGAAGGCUGCAAUGGGCACAGUUGCCUCCAAAGACAUGUCUGGUGGAGUUACUGCAACCACCUCCUCCUCCAGUACAGUGACUUCUGAUGGCCAGAUGGUAACAACUCUCCGUUCAUCUGUCAGAAAACAAGUGGAAAGUCCCUCAACAAGUGAGUCUUUGUGUGCUAUCAGGGGCAAAGUAGUUAAAUUUGGGGAUGAAAAAACCUCUGUUGAUAAGGACAGUGUUCCACCAUCAUCUAAACCAUUUAAAUCUCGAAAGCUAACAAAGAGGGGUUCCGAAACGAUAGAAAGUUUUCUGAGUGAUGAGGAACCCUCUGAUGGUCAGCCAGCCUCAACCUCUGUUGACUCUCAGGCUACAAGGGCAGCUGCACAGGGUCAUGGUGGUUUAGAGCUGCAUCUCAGACACCAAGAUUCAGAGACCCUUAGUCCAGUAGCUGAUGAUUCCUUGACAAUUAGUCACAAGGACUCUUUAGAGACUAGUCCCCUCAUGGAAGACAACUCCUCCCAUAAAACCCCAGACUCCAUCGAGCCUAGUCCAACAAAGGAGUCCCCCUGUCGUGACUCCUUAGAAAGCAGUCCUGUAGAGCAGAAAACCAACUUGACCUUCCCUUCUACAGUAGAGCAACCCAGUGAGACUACAGGGCACCUGACAUCCUCCAAAGCCCCUGAGUUCCCCCCAGACAUUUUGCGUAGUAGGCUUCUCCGAGACCAGGAAGGUAGUGCCGACGAUGACAGUUGUGAGCAGACAUCUCAGCUGACAAGUUCGGGUAAGAGUCCCCUCUCCCCAGACACCCCAAGUUCUGAAGAGGUAAGUUAUGAGGUCAAUCCUAAAACCCCGGACCCCAUGGUCCUGUCCAUGCCCAUAAAGCCAUCUGUCAUACCUGAGGACGCAGAGGAAGAUGAUGAGUCGGAGUGUGGCCUGACCCAGAGGAAGUUCACCCCAGACGAAGAAAUGUUUAAAAUGGCUGCCAAAAUAAAAACAUUUGAUGAGAUGGAACAAGAUGCCAAAGGCAAAAAGGACAGUAGAAAAGAUGCCAGAUCCUCCCAGACAUUGCUAGUGUCUGAGGCAGGAGAUGAUAGCGUCAAACUGAUUGGGCUUGCAUCCAAAGAUGAAACAUCCUCAGGGGAUGAGCCGGGGAUCACUGAGCCCAAACAGGGCUCAGAGGUUACUCUAUCUGUUGAACCCAUUAUUAAAGUACAACCUCCCUCUCCUUUUCCAGCAGGUGUACAUAAGAUUCCCAUAAAGGCAGAAGGCGUUGACCAAAAGGAGGCCCACAGUACAGCAGCAUCAGCCAAAGCAGAUGUGGGGGGACCUCAUUCUGUCUCAGAGCAGCAGGUCACAAAAGCUGAUCAAAUCUCCCAAGAACCUUAUAUUCAGCCACAUAAGGAAAAAGGACCUGCUCCUCCUAAAUCCCUUCUAAAAACAGUCAGUCCUUCUACCAGCUCUGAUGGGGCUUCAAAUAUAACUGAUGAACAAAAGGAAGAAAGCUUGAGAAAAUCAAAAGGAGGCAAAGAUGAUGAUGAGGGUGGAAAACAAAAGGAUGCAGCCAGCCCUAGGCGAGAUGAUUUUAAAGAUUUGUGUCAGGCAGAACAUAAUGUAACUGAUGAGGUAAAAGGUGAUCACAUGAGGCAUUCAGGGGCUUCUGAAAUAGAUUUAGGUGGAGACUUCCACAAGAACGAUACUGACACUGCUCCUCUUAUUAUUGGUCAAACAAGGGAGACAUUUAAACCAGAAAUAUGUAUUUAUGAUGAUACAGAAGAGGAUGAUGAAGAUGAAGAACCUCCCAAAACUGAGUCUAAGGGAGUAACUGCAAGAGUGGAGGCUGACCAUUGGAGUGCAAUGAGAGAAGAUGAUGAUGCCUUUGCUGCCAGGGUCAAAGAAGAAGAACAAAAGAUUCUUGGCUUAAUAGUAGACAGGCAGUCCCAGGGGGCAACCCCAGACACGACUCCAGGUAGGACACCUACAGAGGAGGGAACACCGACCAGUGAACAAAACCCUUUCCUCUUUCAGGAAGGUAAACUGUUUGAAAUGACUAGAAGUGGUGCAAUAGAUAUGACAAAAAGGAGUUAUGAAGAGGAAGGGUUUGCAUUUUUCCAAAUAGGUGAACAGCCAAUUGAGGAGGCACUAACAGAGGAGGUGAGGGAUGAUCAUGGUGGAGAAUCCACUGGUGCAGAGAGUGAGGUUGGUAUUAACCUGUCCCUGAAACUAAAGUCAGAGGAAGACGAUAAAAUCUCAAAGGAGGCUGUUGAUUCUUCCCUCUGCUCUUCAGUUGAGGAAGAUCAGACAGCUGCAGCUUCCAAAACAGAUGCCUCAAAAUCUAGAAUUCCCAUUAAAAUGGGGGUGUCUGCCUCAGCCAAAACUACAAAAAAAGACCAAACAGCAGAAGCUGCAGAGGUAAAACCAGAAAAAUUAACAGAAGAUAGCCCAGCAGGGCCUGACCUUGUAUCUCCAGGCCCUGUAAUAGCUAAUGUCCAGACAGCAGUGUCAACUGUCACUAGAUCAGUUUAUUCUCAGCAGGACCAAGAGUCCUCCGAUUCCUCACCAGAGGAACAGCAUUCAGUUAUAGAACUACCCAAAACACCUGAAAAGAGUAUCCCAAGUUCAGAUGAGUUGACAAAAGCAUCGGCUAAGUCUGUGACAAAGAGUAUAGUUCAUGCUGCAUCAUCCCCCUCAUCAAAAACAUCUCGCAAAGAAACAUCUGCAUCUCAGAAAGAAACUCCAGUUGAAGAGGAAGGAAAACCCAAAUCAAGAAUUCCAGUGAAGGCUAGCUCAGUAAGAUCUGAAACCAGAUAUGAUGCAUCAGUAAAACGUGGUGAGUCUCUAAUGGACAAAAAGUCAAAAACAACUGUAAAGGUUGAAUCUAGAAGAAAAUCUGAGACAGACACAGGUCCCUCCACAGGUGCUAAAGCCAAGAGGUCUUCCAAAACCAAGAGCUACUGUGAAACUGACUCCACCAAGCAACCAGCAAAAAAGGAACAGGGUCGUCCAGCAAGUAGUGAGUCAUCCAGCAAACCUAAGACAUUCCAGUCAAAACUUCCAGUUAGAGGCAAGCCUGGUCAGCCAAUCCAAACUUCCACUCCAAGCAAAGGGAAAAAGGAUUCGCCCACAGACACAUGCAAGCAGUCAAUUGAGUUUUUUGAAGAGAUUAGUGACGAGGCAGCAAAGCUAGUGGAAAGGUUGGCACAGGCUGAGAGAGAGAAAGAGCAAGAGCUAGAGGCUGCGACCGUGUCGGAUGAUGAAAGCAGCACCAUAGACGCCUCAGUUAUAGAAAGCGAACCUUUCCCCGACAUGCACAUGCCUCUUGCUGAGGACGUCUUUGUCAUUAGGCCCCGAUGGGACGACCCUGUUGAGACGCAGAUGGAACGAAUCCCUGAUGAUAAAGCCCAAGUCCAAAGUCAAGUAGAUCCACAGGAUGAAGCUGAACGGAGAGAAGGACGGUUGGCAGUUAUUGCUGACCAUCUUGGCUUCAGCUGGACAGAGCUGGCUCGUGAGCUGGAGUUCAGUGAGGAACAGAUUCAUCAGAUAAGAAUUGAAAAUCCAAACUCUCUACAGGACCAAAGCCAUGCAUUGAUAAAGUACUGGACAGAAAGGGAGGGCAAGCAUGCCACAGAGAACACUUUGCUCAAGAAGCUCACCAAGAUAAAUCGCAUGGACAUUGUGCAUCUCAUAGAGACAAAGAUCAAGUCCAGUCAGGAACAGUCAUCACACACCUAUGCAGAAAUAGAACAGACCAUAUCACUGGACCACAGUGAAGGCUUUUCAGCUUUACAUGAGGACAUUGACAGCCCCCGGCCAGGUCGGCGAACAGACGUCAGCCCUAAAAGACCAGAAUCUGAGCAACAGCCUCCAGUGGUGUCUGAGGAGGAUCUUUCAUCCAGUAUGUCUUCCCUUCAUGAUACCUUAGCACGAGGAGACACUGAUGUGUCUGUGGCUGAGGUUCUGAGGCAUGCUCAGAAAGAGAAGCUGCAGACAGAGAUAAAAAAGAGUCCAGAGGGGGCACAGGUGGCUGGAGGUUUGCAAACUGGUUUUGAGAUGAUUGGACUGAAGCAACACUAUCCGGGCACUAUCAAACAAGGAGAUGAGAUGCCUGAAAUCCUUCCUCAGACAGUCACUGAGGAGCAGUACACAGAUGAAGAUGGGAAUAUGGUAGUCAAGAAGAUCACAAGGAAAGUGAUAAGAAAAUACGUGUCGGCAGAUGGAGUAGAGAGGGAGGAAGUAAUGAUGGAGGGAUCUCCUCAGGAAGCCAUCACUGUAGAUGAAGCUGACAGUUUCUCCAAAGUGGUGAAGAGGACGGUCGUGAAGAGUGGGGGAGAUCAAACAGAGGUGAUGUUCUCUGAAGCCUUGCCCAUUGGUGAGGCCACAGCUUCGGAGUUUGAGGUCGAGCCUGUCCAGGGUCGAAAAGUCAGCAAAGUUGUCAAGACGAUGGUGGUACAGGGUGAGCGGAUGGAAAAACAAAUUGGCGACCCCUCGCUGUCAGCAGAUCUCCCCUCAGCCAAAGAAGACUUUGAAAAGGCCUUGAGCUAUGCAGGGGGCUUUGGAAAAGUAUUACUGCCUCAUUUAAUAGAGAAGGAAGUUGUAAAGGAGGAUGGAUCAGUGGUGAAAAGGACUCGAAUGCGUAAGACGCGUACGCAGAAGAGGACUGUGGUGAGGGAUGGCCAAGGCAGACAUAUGCACUUGGAGAGGCUGGAUGACACCCCAGAAGCCCUGCAACCAGACGACCUUCAGCAACACCUGCACCAACUGCUCCUGCGUUACUGCACCAAGGAGGAGAAGGAAGGGGAAGAGGAGAUGGAGGGAGCAGAGGAAGGGAAGAGGGAGGAACAUGAAGAGACAAAAGAAUGA